AGGAGAGGGCAGUAGAGAGAGAGAGGGGAGAGAGCGGGGAAAACGGGCCGUGGGGGUCAGAGAUGCCGAGGUCAUUUCUGGUGAAGAUGCGGAGGAGGCACGCGCAAGGAAGCGGACACUACUACCGACACAGAGAGCCCUGCGUCACCAGAGGGGACCUUCCUUCGCCCGACACGUGUGCAGCCAGCAAGGGGAACCAAGAGGGAUCGCCGGAGGAAAGCAAACGGGACCCCUUCCUGGACCCCGGGGUCCCUCCAUCCCCAGAGACUCCGUUCCGCUCCAAGUCCCCAAAACGGGAUCCUGAAUCGGGGGUCCCGGACCCCACCGUGCACCGCCCGGGAGAGACAUGGGCGAUCCUGGGCCGGGAGCAUGGUCAUGGAGACACCACGUGGAAAGGGCGAGGCCCGGAAGACGCAAGGCUCACCAUGCCGUGCGAAGACCCUCUCCGCUACGCCGGUCUCACUCUACCCCUGGUGCCAGUCGGGGUACCCUGGUCGCCGAGGGGGGCUCACGUGGGACCCCCGCACGGGGUCCCAGACUUUCUCGGCCGCCCCUCCCCGGGGCUGAACGUUGUCCAGGGCCCCUUCGGGGGCGGCCUCCACGCUGCCGCCGUGGCUGCCACCGCGGCGUCGGUGCAGAACUUGUUCCAGGCUCGCGUCCAUCCGGAGAACUGCGUCUACAAGUGCCUCAAGUGCCAUAAGGUGUUCUCCACCCCACAUGGCCUCGAGGUGCACGUGCGGCGGUUGCACAGCGGCUCGCGGCCGUUCGCCUGCGAGGUCUGCGCCAAAAGCUUCGGCCACGCGGUCAGCCUGGAGCAACACCGCGCGGUGCACUACCAGGAGCGAAGCUUCGACUGCGGCAUCUGCGGGAAGACGUUCAAGCGCUCGUCCACGCUGUCCACCCACCUGCUCAUCCACUCGGACACGAGGCCCUACCCCUGCGCCUACUGCGGCAAGCGCUUCCACCAGAAGUCCGACAUGAAGAAGCACACGUUCAUACACACAGGCGAGAAGCCCCACAAGUGCUCCGUGUGCGCCAAGGCGUUCAGCCAGAGCUCCAACCUCAUCACGCACUCGCGCAAGCACACGGGCUUCAAGCCCUUCACUUGCGACCUGUGUGGCCGCGGCUUCCAGCGCAAGGUGGACCUGCGCCACCACCGCGACACGCAGCACCGCGCCGCGCCGCCACCACCACCGCCUCUGCUCGACAACUGCACGCGGCUGCCCGAAGUCCCCGGCGAGAGAGAAGGGAAGGCUCACACCCUGUGA